AUGAAGUGGUAUUCUCUCGCUCUGCUCGCUGCGCCUUCUCAGGCUGCGCUUCGAUUUGGAUGUUCGACUUUGAGCAUCCAGCGCCUCGAUCCUCUCGUUGAGCCUGGACGUAUUCCUUCCGCGCAUGUCCACCAGAUUGUCGGUGGAAAUACCUUCAAUGCAACCAUGUCCGGUGAUCUUGGCGAACAAGGUACCUGCACAACAUGUACAUUCACGGAGGACUUUUCGAACUACUGGACGGCUGUAAUGUACUUCAAGCACACGAACGGCUCGUAUAAGCGUGUACAAAUUAUGGAGAACGAUGCGUUACCUGCCGGUAUUAAUGGUGGAAUGACGGUCUACUACACGCAGCAAGACUUCAACUCCAAUGGCAACCAGAAGAUUACAGCUUUCAAGCCAGGCUUCCGCAUGACGGUUGGCAGCCCGACAACCGAUUCUCUGUCCGCCGCAAAGGGACACGUGGGACUUCGAUUCGUUUGCUUAGACACCAAGAGCACGAGAUUCCCCGAGCUCCCUGACUUCCCCACGAAGAAAUGUAAACGGGGCAUUAUGACUGUUCAUCACUUCCCUUCAUGCUGGGACGGCAAGAACCUCGAUAGCCCGGACCACCAAUCUCAUAUGUAUAACACGGCAAAAGAGGCAUUUUCACCUGCUGGUCCCUGUCCGUCCUCGCAUCCCAUUCGGAUGCCACAGGUAGCCUAUGAGACACUGUGGGAUACGACUCCGUUCGACAAUAUGUGGCCUGCGGACGGCUCGAACCCCUUCGUCCUAAGCUUUGGUGACAACAAAGGCUACGGCACUCAUGCCGAUUACGUCUUCGGGUGGAAGGGCGAUUCGCUCCAGCGCGCCAUGGACUCCUCCUGCAUGUUCCAGGCCUGUGAAAACGGAAAGCCCCUUAAGUCGCAGACACCGGCCCAGAUGAAUAAGUGCUCGGUCAAGACAUUAGUUAACGAGCCCACCGAUGGAUGGCUCAAGGAGCUCCCCGGCAUGAACAUGUAA